AUGCCCUCAUAUGCGAAGUUUCUAAAAGACAUCUUGGCGAGGAAAAGGGUUGUGGAAAAGGAAACAGUAGCCCUUAGUACCGAGAUCAGUGCUGCAAUCAUGAAGCAUGAACUUCCCCCAAAAAUGGCUGAUCCGGGAAGUUUCUCUAUCCCUUGUAAGCUAGGAAACAUCGACAUCGAUCGAGCCUUGUGUGAUCUUGGAGCGAGUGUAAGUUUAAUGCCCUUGCCAAUCUACAAGAAAUUGAACGUCGGUGAGCUAAAACCGACAAGGAUGGCAUUACAAUUAGCGGAUAGAUCGAUCAAGUACCCAGCGGGAAUAUUAGAAGAUGUACCUUUGAAGAUUG